AUGUCCAACCAAGACUACUACGGUAACAGCGGCGGCGCUCCCUACGGUGGCCAGCCCAACUACAACCAAGGCUACAACAACAACGGCGGCGGUGGCUACCCCCAACAAGCCCAGUACGCCUCUGGCUCGCAGCAACACAGCAACAACGGCGGCGGCUACAACAGCAGCGCACCGCCCGGCGCAUACGGCCAGUCCCAGCCCAGCUACGCCCCGCAACAGCAGUCCUACGAUAACCGGGGGCACUCCCCCGCGCCGGGCUACAACUCGGGCGCGCCGUACGGCGGCAGCUCGCAGCCCCAAUACGACAACAACAACAAUAAUUACAAUAAUGGUCAGAAUCAUAACCAGGGCGGCGGCGCUCCCUAUGGCGGCCCCAACAACAACAACGGCCCUCCUGGUCCUGACGGACCCAACGGCGAAAAGGGCCUCGGCGCCACGCUCGUCGGCGGCGGAGGCGCCGCGUAUGCGGCGCACAAGGCCGGCGCGGGCUUCUUUGGGUCGACGGGCGCGGCGAUUGCGGGCGCGAUUGGUGCGAAUUUCAUAGAGCACAAGUUUAAGAAGCACAGCGGGCGCCGUGAUUAA